AUGGAGCGGAGAAUGAAUGAGGCAUUAGUACGAGGCGACGUGCCUGCCUUUCUCGAUUUGAUUAAAGAAGAUGAGAACCUCAUCAAUCAGACGACCUCUGAAGCCUCCGACACUGUCUUACACAUCGCUGUAAAAUUCGGGAACCUUGAUAUGGCCACCGAAAUCGUUAAACUACAGCCGGAGAUGGUAUCGGCAGUGAACAAGAAGAUGGAGACUCCAUUCCAUGAAGCAUGUAGGGAAGGGCUCGUGGAGCUGAUGGAGCUGUUGUUACGAACUGACCCUCGGGUUGCUUACAAGCUUAACCUCCAGAACGAGAGUGUGCUCUUUGUGGCCUGUCGUCAAGGCCGGUUCAACAUAGUGCAGCUGCUGCUGUCGAACCAUUCAAGGCUCCUUUUGUUGGAGGAUGAUACUCUCACUACUUCCCUUCAUGUUGCGGCAUCGGCCGGCUACUACGAAAUUGUGAAGGAAAUACUGAAAGCACGGUCGGACUUCGCCUGGAAAAAGGACUUGCAUGGAUGUUCUCCCUUGCACCUAGCCUGUAACAAUGGACAUUUAGAUAUAACAAGAGAGCUUAUACUGAAAGCUGACCCUGACCUCUCUUCCUUGCAAGACAAGGACGGCAAGACACCGCUUCAUUCAGCGGCAAUCAAAGGAAGAGUAAACAUCCUCAAAGAGAUCCUCUCCAAGAACCUUGAUUCCGUCGAGAUGGUAACCGAACAUGGUGAGACGGUUCUUCAUCUUUCCGUCAAGAACAACCAGUAUGAAGCCGUCAGAUACCUGGUUGAUACCCUUAACAUUACCAAUCUCUUGAACAUGGCCGACAAAGAGGGCAACACUGUGUUGCAUCUUGCUUCUGCCAGAAAGCUCACCGCAAUGGCUACGUACCUACUCACCAUGACAAAUAUCGACGUCAACGCUCUCAAUUGGAAAGGAUUUACAGCUCUUGACGUCGUGGAAACCAGUGGCAACAGCUCCGGUACUCUACGCCUGAAGUUACAGGAAGCCGGCUGUAUCCGAUCUGAUCAGCUGCCGCCACGGCUAUCACCUUCUCCAUGGUCUACCUCAGCCGCGGCUUUGGAUUCUCCUGCAAAUCGCCAUCACCACAACCAUAACCAUAACCGACGCCGCAUAGAAAAGAGACUGAAGCUCCACAUGGAGGGCUUGACAAAUGCGCGUAACAACUUCAUAGUUGUGGCUGUUCUAAUAGCCACCGUAACAUUCACUGCUGGCCUCAACCCCCCCGGCGGUUUUCACCAAAACGAAGGUCCACUGCUAGGCAUGUCAGCACUUGGGAAGAAGAUCGCUUUUAAGGUCUUCAUGGUCUGCAACAACGUGGCAUUGUUUUCUUCAAUGGGAAUAGUGACUGUUCUGGUGAGUGUCAUUCCCUUCAGGCAGGAAUCGAUGAUGAAGCUUGUGGAGGUCACACAUAAGGUGAUUUGGGUUUCGUUAUCUUUCAUGGCAGCUGCCUACCUAACAGCCACGUGGAUGCUUACGUCAAGUGGAACGGGAACGGAGCGUGCUCUAGUGACUGUACUGUCGAUUGGGGGAGGAUGCGUGAUAUACGUCUUUAUGGGGCUCUUGGUUAUGUUGACAAGGCACUGGCUAAAGGAAGUUGUAAUAGAGGAAGAAGAGAGUCCCGAUCACCUGAACCUGCCGCCACGGCUGUCACCUUCUCCAUGGUCGACCUCAGCCGCGGCUUUGGAUUCUCCUGCAAAUCGCCAUCACCACAACCAUAACCAUAACCGACGCCGCAUAGAAAAGAGACUGAAGCUCCACAUGGAGGGCUUGACAAAUGCGCGUAACAACUUCAUAGUUGUGGCUGUUCUAAUAGCCACCGUAACAUUCACUGCUGGCCUCAACCCCCCCGGCGGUUUUCACCAAAACGAAGGGCCACUGCUAGGCAUGUCAGCACUUGGGAAGAAGAUCGCUUUUAAGGUCUUCAUGGUCUGCAACAACGUGGCAUUGUUUUCUUCAAUGGGAAUAGUGACUGUUCUGGUGAGUGUCAUUCCCUUCAGGCAGGAAUCGAUGAUGAAGCUUGUGGAGGUCACACAUAAGGUGAUUUGGGUUUCGUUAUCUUUCAUGGCAGCUGCCUACCUAACAGCCACGUGGAUGCUUACGUCAAGUGGAACGGGAACGGAGCGUGCUCUAGUGACUGUACUGUCGAUUGGGGGAGGAUGCGUGAUAUACGUCUUUAUGGGGCUCUUGGUUAUGUUGACAAGGCACUGGCUAAAGGAAGUUGGAAUAGAGGAAGGAGAGCAUGGGGAGGAAGAAGAGUGUCCCGAUCACCUGAACGUACGUGUAGAUUAG